AUGCAGACCCUUACCGAAAAAAAACCACAUCUCAAUAGGUUACUGCCAACCCCCUUCUGUCAGGCCAUACUUGAAGCCCAACAGAGUUGGUUCACACAACAAAAGUUGGCUAUCCUAACAAAGUUGGCCAAACCUCUAAGUCGAGCUCUAGCUGCUAUUAC